AUGAUGUGCGUCAUUUUCAUCAUCCGAUUCUCAUGCUUCCCUCAACAGACCAGGGAUUGUGUGGAUAGCAAUUGCCCAUAUAAUCACAGGGGUGAUAGGGUCGGGUAUGCUUUCACUGGCAUGGAGUGUGGCUUAGCUCGGCUGGAUCGCAGGAUCGCGGGCCCACUUUGCCACAUUAUAAAUAGGUCCUAUGCCGAAGCUGUCAGAUCUUAUUUAGGUAACAUUUGUGUGUUUUUCCUGGUUUUAUCACAUAUUAGUACUGGUGAAAUGGAGGCCGUGAGGGCUGACCCGAGGAGCAUACCGUCUAAGUCUGAUUCAACAGAUAGGGCCUUUGUGGAGACUCACAAUUCUUUGCAUCCACCCUUGCAGAGAUUUCCUAAGUUUGCAAGGAAUGAAGAGUGCUGGUUCAAUUUACUCAACCCAUGCCCUCUCUUUAGUUGGAUUUCAAUGGGGUUCCAGGAACUAAAAAGAGACUCGAGAGCUUGUGCCGAAGGCACGCCUAUAGAUUGUUCUAACAUUUGCAGACCUUGUGCUUCUGCUAUCGUGUACUGGUUUGGCUCUGAUCUGAUUUAUCUGGCCUGCUUUUAG